AUGAAUAGCACACUUCCUACGUGGAAGGACCGCACGCAAAACCAGUUUGGGAAGCUUCAGAUCCAGGUCCCAUGGCGGUCCAUCCAACUGCUCGUUCCGCAUCGCAUGCGGCGGAAAAUCAGAUCAAAAUUGCGCAGUAGAGUUUCUCCUACUUCGUCGAUAUCCUCUCUCCAGACAUCGUUAUCGCCCGCAGAUACACUCCGAUCGUUACAAAGCCACCGCUGGACUGUCUACGACUUCCAGUAUUUGCUCCUCUUGAUUGUCGGCAUCUUCUCCCUAACUAUCAUCGAAUCGCCCGGACCGCUAGCCAAGACCGCCAUCUUUACUGCGCUUUUGAUCUCUCUCCUCCUACCUAUGACCCGCCAGUUCUUCCUCCCCUUUCUGCCAAUCGCUGGGUGGCUGCUCUUUUUCUACGCUUGCCAGUUCAUUCCAAGUGACUGGCGCCCUGCGAUUUGGGUCCGUGUACUGCCGGCAUUGGAGAAUAUUCUUUAUGGCGCCAAUAUCAGCAAUAUCCUGUCUGCUCACCAGAAUGUUGUGCUCGACCUUCUGGCUUGGCUUCCUUACGGAAUUUGCCAUUACGGUGCUCCUUUUGUCGUCUCGUUGGUCAUGUUCAUUUUCGGUCCACCCGGUAUCGUUCCCCUUUUCGCACGGACAUUCGGCUACAUCAGUAUGGCGGCCGUUGCCAUUCAGCUGUUCUUCCCCUGCUCCCCUCCGUGGUAUGAGAAUCGCUAUGGGUUGGCUCCGGCGGACUAUUCGAUCCAUGGUGACCCUGCAGGCCUCGCUCGCAUCGAUAAACUAUUUGGCGUCGACCUGUACACAUCCGGUUUUCAUCAAUCGCCCGUUGUGUUCGGCGCCUUCCCAUCGUUGCAUGCUGCUGAUUCAACCCUGGCCGCCCUUUUCAUGAGCCAUGUCUUUCCGCGCUUGAAGCCCGUCUUCGUCACUUACACCCUGUGGAUGUGGUGGGCAACCAUGUACCUCUCGCACCACUACGCAGUCGACUUGGUCGCUGGUGGUCUUCUAGCUGCUAUAACCUUCUACUUUGCCAAGACUCGCUUCCUCCCACGCGUCCAACUCGACAAGACUUUCCGUUGGGAUUACGACUACGUGGAGUUCGGCGAGUCUGCACUUGAGUAUGGCUAUGGCCUAGCUAGCUACGAUGGAGACUUCAACCUGGACAGCGACGAAUGGACUGUCGGAUCUUCAUCCUCUGUCUCUUCAGGGUCCCUAAGCCCUGUCGACGACCAUUACUCGUGGGAGACCGAGGCGCUUACUUCUCCUCAACCUGACAUCGAGUCGGGCAGGCAUGCGCUCAGCCCGUGA